UAAAUUGCUCUCAAAAAACAGGGCUUUCUGAAACUUUCGAUGCUGACUCUGCCCGACCUGAUAGACUUCUGGGUAAACAAGAACAUGAGCCUUGAGGAGUGCAAGGUGGAGUGUCUAGAGAACUGUUCUUGCACAGCUUAUGCUAAUUCAGAUGCGCGAGGAGGAGGAAGCGGCUGUCUGAUGUGGUUCAGCGAUCUCAUUGAUAUAAGAGAAUUUGAACAAGAUGUACAAAAUAUCUUCAUUAAAUUAUCUGCUUCUGAGUUAGAUUCCAUCCAGAGCCCUGUCAAUAAGAAAAUACUGUUGACAGUCACGGUGGCUUCAGUCAUUUCUGGAUUGCUCAUAGCAGGUAUAGCAUUGAGCAUUAUAUGGAAGAGCAGAAUGAAAAGAAGAGAGUUUGUCCUCGUAGGCUUACAGAGUCAGAAGGAAGACAUUGAUUUACCGUUAUAUGAUUUUUCUACCAUUGCCGUUGCUACUGGACAUUUCUCACUGACCAACAUGAUUGGAGCGGGUGGCUUUGGUUCAGUCUAUAAGGGAAAUCUCUCCAUGGGUCAAGAAAUAGCGGUGAAGAGGCUGUCGAAAGGUUCAAGACAAGGCCUUGAAGAAUUUAUGAAUGAAGUACUGCUAAUUGCCAAACUUCAGCAUAGGAAUCUUGUUGGACUUCUUGGUUGUUGCAUUGAGGGAGAAGAAAGAAUGUUAAUAUAUGAGUACAUGCCAAAUAAAAGCUUGGAUUAUUUCAUUUUCGAUGAUGACAGAAGCUUCUUGUUAGCGUGGAAAAGUCGCUUCGACAUAGUUUUAGGAAUUGCUAGAGGACUUCUUUAUCUUCAUCAAGAUUCAAAACUGCAAGUCAUUCACAGAGAUCUCAAAACAAGUAAUAUUUUGUUAGAUGCAGACCUCAAUCCUAAAAUCUCAGACUUUGGCCUUGCAAGAAUCUUUGGAGGCAAUGAAAGAGAAGCAAGUACGAGAAGAAUCAUUGGUACCUACGGCUACAUGUCUCCAGAAUAUGCUUUUGAUGGAAAAUUCUCUGUGAAAUCCGAUGUUUUUAGCCUUGGUGUAGUUUUGCUAGAGAUAGUAAGUGGCAAAAAGAACAGAGGGUUUUGCCAUCCUGAUCAUCAACACAACCUUCUUGGGCAUGCAUGGUUGCUGUGGAGCGUAAGCAGGUCCUUGGAGCUUUUACAUGAAUCUCUAUGUGACUCCUUCAUUGCAUCCCAAGUAGAGAGAUGCAUUCAUGUUGGUUUGCUAUGUGUCCAAAAACUUCCUGGAGAUAGGCCAACAAUGUCUUCAGUCGUUUUCAUGUUAGCGAAUGAGGAAGCAAUCUUGCCACAGCCUAAACAACCCGGUUUCUUUAUGGAGAGAGAGGCAUCUUUAAUAAGGGAAGAAUUGUACACAAGGAAUAUCAUUACGAUCACCAUGCCGGAAGGUAGAUAAACUUCCCAUUGAGGAUGUUCCCUGCAGUGUGCAAUUUAGAAUUUUAGAUGAGUUUUCUCAGCGCAAGAAAGUAAAUAGGAUUAGAAGAUUGUGUACACAAAUCUGUAGCUAACUCGCAGCUAAGACUGUUGAAAGCGAGAUAAGGGCUACAAUAAAGGAUUCUCGUUUUUAUGAUUCAGUGGCUCAGGCAACAUGGUGAAGGCCUUUUUUUUUA